CUCGCUCUCUCAUUCCUCCUUCUCAUCCAUCCACUCUGGUCGCGACCUCCUCCUCUUCCUCAUUCUUUCUCCUCACUCCACCAUCAAGUUGCGUCUCCCAUUAGGACUUCGCCAAGAUGAUUACGACAGCGAACGAAUCGUUCUCAAAGUUCAGGAAUAACUACCUGGCAGUGUACCUGACAGUGAUGAUGAGCGACUGGUUGCAGGGCCCUUACCUCUACGUGCUGUAUCAGAGCCAUGGCUUCGAGAUGUACGACAUUGCUGUCCUCUUCAUCGUGGGCUUUGUGAGCAGUGCUGUCUUUGGAACGGUCAUUGCUAACACGGCCGAUGUCUGGGGUCGCAAGCGCAUGGCUCUGUUGUUCUGCUGCACAUCCUCAACCGCCAGCUUGAUUCGCCUCUCCCAGAACUACCAGUACCUGAUCCUCAGUCAUCUGCUGAGCGGAUUGAGCACAGCGUUGCUUUACUGCGUCUUUGAGGCCUGGUACAUUUCCCAGCAUCAGCGCAAGGGCUUCGCCCCAGCUCUGAUUGGCGCAACUUUCAGCACCGCCAUCUUCCUAAACGGAUUGGUCGCCAUUCUUGCUGGAAUUGUUGCCAACAUCGCGGUCGAGUGGUCCGGCUCCCUUGCUGCCCCCUUUGUGGUCAGUGCAGGCACUUUGCUUUUAGCUGCGCUCUUGAUUUCGAGCUCGUGGGAGGAGAACUUUGGAGAGAGCAAAACCAACACCACUGGGUCUGUGUUCAAGAGCAUGCUUGAAGGUCUUGUUGUCCUCAAGAGCGAUAUCAACAUCUUGUCAUUAGGACUCGCGCAGACAGUGUUUGAGUGCUGCAUGUACACUUUUGUGCUUCUGUACACACCUGCAUUGGAGAGCUCGAUCAAGAACUCGACCGGCUCGGUCGCACCCUUCCCUCUGGGCUAUCUCUUCUCGGUCAUGAUGUUCUGCAGCAUGCUCGGAUCUCUAGCCUUCAAGUACCUGUCCAACAAGAAUGUCCUCACCGAGAACCUUCUGUCGCUUGCUCUCUUAGUCGCCGGCGCGUCCUUCUGCUUCAUCGUGGUCAACACCAACAAUAGUGCCUAUACCAUCUUUUCAUUCCUGCUGUUCGAGUUCACAACGGGCAUGUACUUCCCCUCGAUCGGUACCUUGAAGGCCCAGGCGAUCCCAGAGCAGAACCGGACGGGCGUGAUGGCGUUCUUGCGCGUGCCGAUGAACUUUGCGGUGUGCGCGAUCCUCUUGCACGUCGAUAGUCUGCCCGUGAGCCAGAUCUUCCAGAUCUGUGCGCUGUUGAGCUUUGUUGGCGGGCUGGCGAUCCUUUGUCGCGCGUUGGAUCCUAACCGCCAGGGAGCUUAUAUGGCGGCAAAGACUACGGAGGAGAGCCACGAACUGUAGACAAACAUCGACGUUUUGUUCUUUUUUGUAGAUUAGCUAUUAUUCAACUUGCAGUACGUAAA